AAACGUCAUCUACCGCCGGACCGGUGGUGUAUGCAGAGUAUAAACUUUAUUUGCGAGCUAGUUAGUACUUGAAUAUCUUUACAGUAUUUUAUUUACGAACAGUAUAAUUCAUGUGAAAAACACAACAGUGUGUCUUAAUAAUAUCAGCCUGUUGAUGGACGUGAUUGAACGAUUCCUUACUAACAUUUACCGUAGUGCUUUUUUGCCAUUAGUAAGAGUCAUGGCAGGAAGAAAAAGAUUUCUGAGUGCAUCUAGAGGACCUGCAGUAAGCACAGUAUUUGAGGCGUUGAGCGACAAAGAUGAGGUCAUUAAAAAAUGUCAAGAAUUAUUACAAGGACAUCCUCCGCUGCUCAGACGAAGCUUCCAUGAACUUCCAUCUGCCCCAAAUCUUGCAACAGUUCGCAUUAUGCAAUGGAAUAUUUUAGCUGAUGCCCUCGGAAAUGGAGGGGACAAUUUCAUAAAAUGUCCCAAGGAGGCACUUAACUGGGAGACACGCAAAUUCCGCAUUCUUGAGGAACUUUUGAUUUAUGACCCAGAUGUUAUGUGUCUUCAAGAAGUGGACCACUACCAUGAUUUUUUCGACCCGAUUCUCAAAGUACUGGGCUACCACGGAACGUUUAUGGCGAAACCCAGCUCACCUUGUUUAGAUAAUCCAUACAAUAACGGUCCAGACGGCUGUGCUUUGUUUUUUAAAAGUGACAAGUUCGAUUUGAUCAACUGUGAAAAACUUGUACUAAAGGUUACACAUGAUGGGUAUCAAAGAUGGAGUAACCAGGUAGGAAUAAUUAGCACGUUAAGGUAUAACAUACUUGGCCAAUCAAAGAAAGAGAUUGUCGUCGGUGUGACACAUCUCAAAGCGAAAGCCGGAUGCGAAUACAUCCGCCACAGCCAGGGUUUAGAUCUCCAUGAGCAUUUUUCAAACCAAAUUGGUUCUCAUCCAGGUGUGUUAGUAGGAGACUUUAACGCAGAAACAUCGGAGGAAGUUUACUGUGUGUUCGCAGAGUCGCCGCUGAACUUAAAUAGUGCAUAUAAACUGUUAAGCAAAGACGGGCAAACGGAGCCAGAUUACACAACGUGGAAGAUUCGUAAGAAUGGGGAGCAGUGCCAUACUAUUGACUACAUGUGGUACACAAAGGAAGGCUUGGCAGUUAAACGUCUACUGCAUAUUCCAACUGGAGAAGAGAUCGGAAAGGACAGGUUGCCAUCGGAAACGUACCCAUCAGAUCAUUUAUCAUUAGUGUGUGACUUCUUAGUUAUUGAUCAUUAAAUUAAUGAAACCUCAUAUUUAAAAUUUUCUGUUGUGUACAUUAUUAUUAUUAUUUAUAUUAAUUUUAUUAUAACUAAUACUGUUAAUGUUGUUAUUGUUAAUAAUAUUGUUAAAGAAACCUCAUUUAUGAUUUCUGUACAUUAUUAUUAUUCAUGUUUAUUAAUAUUAUUAAUAUUGUUAAUAUUGUUAUUGUUAUCAUUACAGUAUUAUUGUUGUUAUUGUUAUGUAUUGUAUUAUAAACUAAGUUGCAUUUCCACAAGUAUCCUGUAUAUUUGGACAUAAAGCCAGCGAGAUAUUCAAGAUAAAUAAUAUAAUUAUUUUUCAAGAGGACAUCUAAACUAAAACAAUUGAAUCACAAUUUUCUGUGCAAUAGUUUUAGGGCAAUCUUGCAUUUAUAUAUAAGUGUGUGUAGUAAUAUUAAUAUUUUAAUUGCUUGGCUGCUUCUAUUGUUAACAAGCUUUAGUCUUUCACUUAAAAAUAAUUUCUGACAAAUUAAAUACCUGUAAUAAUACAUUUGUUAAGUAAAUUGGUGUAUUCGAUUGGGACUUAUCCAUUGUCAUCCAUGUUUUUAUGCUUAAAAAGUAGAAAGUACACAAAAAUUUUAAAAUCUAUACUGAAAAGCAAGUGAUUGCAUAGCACUGUCGCAUCUCUUACCAUCUAGCAAGAUAUAUCUUUCGUUAUAGUCACAAAAAAAAAAAUAAAUAAAAUGCUGAACCACAAUUUUGUACAUUUUAGGUUGGUCGGGUAUGACCAACACAAUAAUUUUUUUUAUUUGGCCUUACGAGAGGUUAAGUUUUACUGAAAUCUCACAUAAGUUUUUUUUUUUUUUGUCAGUAUUGUAAAUAGUUAAGGAAUGUGUA